UCUGAGUUUUCUGUUGCACCACUAAAACAACUUUUGAACGUACACACGUUCCACCAAAACCAGUUCCUUCCCGAGGCUAUUUUGCAGGGGCAACGUCAUUGUGUCCGGGGCUUAGACGAUUGCGAUUGGUUUGAAGAAAUGCCGAUAAACCACAGCGCGUUUUUCUCCCAUCCCGGAAUGCUGUGUGGACUAGCCAGACCUUCCUCCACAGCGCUGUGGAGGAUGGUCUGGGAAUGUGAGAUUAAUUUGACCUAAUGCAUGAGCAAAACAACAGUUUUUCAGUCAUCACGAAAUAAACCAAGUCAGACUGUCUCCUGUAGCUGCUGCUGUGCGUCAGGAUGUCGGCCAUGCACUGGGAGGCCAGGCGGCGUCAGAGUGCUCUGGACCGCAGGAUGGCCAGAGACAAACAGCAGCUGUUGCAGAAGAGUUCUGAGACCAGCUCCAAUGCAACCGGAUCAAACACAACACAAGAACAAACAGCUGGAGACCAUUGUCCCCACUGUAAGGGCAACCUGAAGACACCUGUCCAUUACAGUGCCAAGAUCUCCAACAGAUACUCAUCUUCACAGUACAGCCAGCAGUGGUGAAGAAGACGAGGAACAUUCUCUGGAGCAUGUUUGGAUCUCUGAACAGCAUCUCUGCAUUUGGAUUUGUCCAAACUGCAUCAGUGAAUCAGUGCGAGAUUCUCAAAUCACAUCUCUACAACCAUCACACACACACUACGUUAUAAAGUUGAAAACCAAGGCAAGCACCACACAUGCUCAACUCUCAGCUAACUAUCGCACACCCCAGUUCCUGGACUCUUAAGCUGUUUACACACAUAGCCGACGGCCGACCGUUGACAGAAAAGCCAGUCGAAAUGAUCAGUCUCUUGAGUUUUGUUAAUCAUUUGAACAUUUUUAUGUAUGCAUCAUGUUCAACAAUGCUCACACUGUUCACUGAGCUGUGAUAUGGAAAUGUAGUCAAAGGCCCAUGUCCUUUUAUUACCUCCGGUGACAGGAACUAGGCAUUUUGUAGACCGGACGGAAACACCAUCUAUGUGGACUGAAUGUGAACUGAUGUAUAGGACAAGGUCACCAGUGGAGAGAUGCUGUUUUCUUAUAGGACACAGAGGAGUGUUGUUUGAGGAU